GACAAAAAGAACUUAAAAGUAUUCAUUUUUGAGUAGUAGUAUAAUGUAAUAAACAAUUGCUAAACAACGUGUAGCUCAUGCCCAAAUUAAAACCUAUCUUCCAAUUUCCAAACCUUCAUUUUGACGUAAUUCUUUUUUUGCACUUAGCAUUAACUUUUUCUCUUUGAUUCAAUUUUCUUGUUUAGCUAAACAAAGCUUUGAACAACCACUUGUUUUACACAAAUGUUUGUAUAAUAUAUUCACUUCUUCCUUCACCUUAUUUUGUAUUCCAAGCUAAUAACUUUCUCUACAAUUUCUCUCUCUAAAAGUGCAUUUUUUUUCUAUAAUGGGAAGGAUUCAUGGAAAUCACUUGGAUCUAAGCUUGCUUCAUUCACCAGCUUUUUCUUCUAAUUCUUGGCAUGAUUUCAAUAUGAAAGAAGAUGAGAAGGAUCAACAGAUGACGAUAUUCUACAAUGGCCGUAUUUGUGUUUUGGAUGCAACCGAAUUACAGGCAAGAGCAAUUUUAUGGUCAGCAACACACGACGUAGAGACAAUGGUGAGGACGAUGUCUGGAAUCGGAGCAAACAUGGCCACAUUCUUCCUAAAUCUUCAACUUCAUGGCCUUCCAGGGUGCUCAAUAAAGAGAUCGUUAAGAUUAUUUCUCCAACAAAAGAGAAAGAUAAGGAGCCAAGCUAAUACUCCGUAUCCCUACCGUCUCCAAUCACACAACCUUCGGCCUUUUCGCCUUCUGUAGGGGACUAUACAACUAUGUGAAACCGUUUAGUUUUUCAGAUUUUGGAUACUCAUCCUAAUAUCAGAUACCAAAUUUCAAUACAACUAUGCUGUUGAUUUGAGUAACAUAAUACGAAGUACAUUUGUACCAAAACUUGUACCUCUAUACUAGUUCAUUGUUUAUCAAAAUUGAUUAGUAGUUUCGAAAUUUGGGUUGAAAUUUAGAAGAAAAAGGUACCCUUAGCCAGAAUUGUAAACUCCUAUCAAAGGAGAAAUAUACUCCGUAGAUGGGAGAAAAAGAGAGCAAUCCAAUAUUGGUUGAAGAGGAAGGCCAUAGUAUCAAAACUCGAGAGUCCAAGGAUUAGCUUGUAUUUGAGACCUUCAUGCAUAGUCUCCAGCUUACGGCCAACAUUCGCAUGUUUUUGGUUCAUCUAAACUGAUAAAAGUCCUUAACAAAAAUUGCACCAAGUAUGACACUAUAAUCGCCCCACCAAAGCAUCAACACCCCCACCCCCGAAAAAAAAUGAAAA